CGUUUUCCGGGUCGUCUAAGUAAUGAAGCAGAUCGUGGUUCUCGGAGCCGGAGUCAACGGACUAAGUGCUGCCGUUCAGUUGGCUGAAUUUUACUAUAAUGUGGCCAAGGUGACGCUGAUCUCGGAAGAUAUAACGCCCAACACCACCGGGGACGUUUCGGCCGGUCUAUGGGGCCCUUACUACUGUGGCAAGACGCCAGACCACAAGAUUGUGAAAUGGUCAGCCGACACUCAUGUAUUCUUCCACCAGCUGUGGAAAAAUGGUCUAGCGGCGCGGAUAGGAAUCAGUCUGCAACCCUGCACACGACUGACCACGGAUCCGAAGGGCUAUCCGGAACCAUCCUGGAAGGAUAUCGUUUUCGGUUGCGUUAAACUUUCCCAGAAGGAGCUGGAUCGGUUAAGCUAUGAACACGGACGACCCUACACGGGGGGAUACCACUUUGCGACCUUCACAUGCCAACCGGUGGGACUGCUGCCGUAUCUGUUCAAUCGGUUCAUCAACGUGGGAGGUAGAUUCAUGCAGGCAAAGGUGGACAACAUCGACAGUAUUUUGAGCAACAGGAACGUGGAUUUGAUUGUGAACUGCACCGGACUGGGAUCGAUGGCCAUGUUGGGUGAUAAAGAAAUGUUGCCCAUACGGGGACAAAUUGCGAGGGUCUGUGCACCGUGGAUAUUCGAGGUCGUACUGGAUGAUAGCGACGAUGGAAACUACGUGAUUCCGAAUACUGAGACGGUGAUAUUGGGUGGGACCCAUCAGAUGAACGAUUUCAACCGGAACGUCAGCAAAGAGGACAGUAAAUUUAUCUUCGACGGAUGUGAACGGAUGCUGCCGAGUCUGAAGAAUGCUUCGUUGGUGAAAGAACAGGUCGAUUUGCGACCUGGACGAAGCACAGUGCGGCUAGAACUGGAACACUACAAAAAAGGUAACCAAACUGUGCCGAUCAUCCACAACUACGGUCACGGCGGAUGUGGCGUAACGUUAUUCUGGGGUUGCGGCGCAGAAGUCUUAGAGCUAAGUCAAAGUCUUGAAUUGGACGUCGACCCGAAAUCCAAACUGUAA